AUGGAAGACAGAGGGUCCCACUUCUUUGACGCGCACUGUCAUUUGCAAGACCCAAGACUGGAUGGUAAAAUAGACGAAGUUCUCAAACUGGCCUCUGGUGCUGGCGUCAGGUGGUGUGCAGUGAAUGGAACUAGUGAGGAUGACUGGGACAAAGUGCGGGCUCUGUGCGAGCACUACCCUCAGCUGCUGCCAAACCUCGGACUCCAUCCCUGGUACGUGGGUCAGAGGAGCCCCAACUGGCUGGAGGCGCUCCGGGAGCGCCUUGAACAAGUGCCUGAAGCAGCUAUAGGUGAGGUGGGACUAGACAAAGGCAGGAAGGGGAGCGAGGUGCCAAUUGAAGAGCAGGUCGAAGUCUUCAGGGCGCAGGUCGAGCUGGCCCGCGACCUCGAGCGGCCCGUCUCCAUCCACUGCGUUCGAGCUUUUGGAGAGCUGCAUGACGUCCUCAAGUCGGUCGGCCGCUUCCCGGCCGGCGUCCUCCUGCAUUGGGCUCGCUGCGUCCUCCUGCACUCCUGGAUGGGCUCCGCCGAGAUGGUGAAAGCGCUCGCGCCCCUGAACGCCUACUUCUCCAUCUCGGGCUUCAUCACCGGCAUGUCCAGCAAGAAGGCCGACAAGAUGCUGCGCCAGGUCAGCGGACCGCUCGAUGACGUCAUCGUGUCGUUUAGCAUUUACUUUGAGUUGAACGCGGUUUUCUGCCAGCUUGCGGGAUGGUGCAUCAUCGUGCGCAAUUCGUUCCUCCUGGUCAGCGGGUUGAUCACGGGACGGCCUAAUUUUUACGUGCGUUGUGGGGUUCUCCUGAUUCCGCUCGACCGGCUGCUACUGGAGACGGACUCCCCGGACGCCUUCCCCGACGCGGACCCGUCCAUCCUGACGCCCCUCUCGUCCGGAUCCCCGAGCGAUCGAAGCGACUCUACCGGUCAGAGCGACUCCCCCGGCUGCUCUUGUGGCGACAACGCAAGCCAGCAGCUGGUCGGAGAGGUCGCCACCAAGAGCGGCGAGCACUUUAGCCAGAGCCCACGAAAGAGUCCCUCGGGGGGCGAGCGAGAGCGGGACAAAGAAAGGAGAACGGAAGAGGAGAAGCUGAACCAUCCUGCGAACUUGCGUGCGGCAGCGCUUAGCCUCUGGCUGAGACGCUUUCCCAAAAUGGUCGAAAGAGGCUAA